UCGUUGUUGCUCUCUCAGUGUUCCUCUUUUGAGGCAGGUCUAGUGUCCGGGCCUCUCUGCUCUGAUCUCUGUCAGCAUUUCAAUAUUCAUGUUGGAAAAUGCCUCUCGACGAUUCCUGAAAAAAUGGUUUACGAAGGAGAUUGGAAAGGGCUGCAAGUUAUUCUUAAAAUGAACAUGGAUUGGUUCAACACAUGGAAGGAAAUGCAGAAAUUAACUGAUGGUGAUGUUUUGAGGUCAUAUCACCAUGAUGUUUCUUACCAGGUGGAAACUUUGUUUGGUAACUGUCAAGCAUGUGGCAACCUGACAUCAUAUUUAAUGCUUCUGAGUGAUAGCAACAAGGAUAAAAUAAUAACAGCUACAGAGGCAAGGACAUUUAUCUCAUUACUGCAUCAACUAGAACCCACAAUGUUGAUGGUUUUAAAUGAAAGCAAGAACACUGUAGAUUUUUAUGGAUAUUGUGGUGGUUUGUACCUGCUGGAAAAGGUACCUAUUAUUGCUUCACAAGUAUUUGGGGAGAAAUGGGCUUUCCACGAUUUUUCUCCAUUACCUGAUAUUUUUGAACCACUGGAGGAGACUUUUAGAAGUUAUCUGGCUCCAAAGAUAGUUAAUGUUGCCUUCUCUGUUCCAUAUGUUGGUGCAUUUUUAGGUGAUGCAUUGACUCUUACAAAGUACAUUCUAUUUCAUUCCUUUUUUCAGACAUAUGCCCCAAGUGAAAAUGAGAAGUUUGAGUUUAUUCAUUCAUUAUUAGAUGCUGUCUUAAAUGUAUCAAGUAAUCCUUAUGGAAUGCUACAGUCUUGCGAUCUGCAUUUAGGAAAUUUUGGCGUCACGAAUGACUCCAUAGUGAAAGUGCUUGAUUUAGAUAUGACUUACCCUGUUAAUCUUUUGACUAGUAUGUUUGAGCAGAAACAGUGUUCAUCUGAUGAUGAUUGUUGGAUAGGAACUAAAGAGGAUUGUCAGUCAUCAUGUCUCACUGAUGUUGGCACUUGUGCACCAGUUCCACUGAAGCAAGAUUUAAUUAAUAUCUGUGAAACCCAAAUUCCAUUUAUUUUCGGAAGUUCUACAAUCCUUAAGUUGCAAAAGGAGAACAGCUUUUGUUUGAGUGAAGCUAUCCGAAAGCUUGUGGUAUUCUGCAAAAAAUUGCCUUUUAUUGAAUCACCAGAACAUUUAAGGGACAGUAUUAUCUCGGUAAAAGAGAAAUUAAGACAUAUUGAAAGCACGUCACAGUUAGAGUUUACAUUGUGA